AUGGUGACCCGUGUGCACAUUCCUGUGCAAAACUCCGCGGAGGAGGUCGAGGUCGCCCUCGAUCAGCUUCCCAGGGACGCCUCCGACAUCCUCGACAUUCUCAAGGCCGAGCAGGCCCCGCUCGACAUCUGGCUUAUCAUCGCGGUGAGUUUAGAAGCUCAUUGCCCUAUGUGUGUGAUAUUAUUCUAUCGAGGAGGGCGUUUCGCGGUUUAUUGGGACGUCUUUCCGUGACUCUUUGUUCCUCUCUUUUGGUUGAUGAACAUCGGGAGCACUUAGCUGAGAAUUUUUGUUUCUGCCUUGCUUUUGUUUUUCCUGUAUCUGUCGUGGAUGCCGGUGCAGAGAGAAUAUUUCAAACAGGGAAAGAUCGAGCAGUUCCGCCAGAUUUUGGAGGAGGGAUCCAGCCCAGGUAUCGUCAAUUUCUCUUUUUUUUUUUCCAGUUCUGGGUAUGUCUUUCUCUUGCACCCGUUCGAGGCCCUUUUUCUUUCGCAGUUGAAUUUUCUUGCAAUGUGCGAUCAUUUUUUUUCAGUGGUGAUCAUUUUUUUUUCUUUCCAGAAAUCGAUGAGUACUACGCCGAUGUCAAAUAUGAGCGCAUUGCUAUUCUCAAUGCGCUGGCUGCGUUUCAUACGUAUCUGGCGAGAUGUGAGAGGAGUAGAAAGGACGAGCAUUUUAGGACAGCAACGCAGUACUACAACCGAGCAUCAAGAAUUGACAAGGACGAACCUUCUACUUACAUUGGGAAAGGUCGGGACUCAUUCUCAGCUCUCGAUCAUGCUGUUAUUUGUGUUUUUUCUCGGUAUCGUGGAUUCUUUCCUUGGACAAUAUCCAAAAGUGUGAAAAAUGUCUGGUUAGCUACUUUGUGUGAAUAUGCAACUGAAUUACAGCCUUUGAUCAGGUCAGCUUUGCUUGGCCAAGCGUGAAUUCAGCCAGGCAGGAGAAUAUUUUAAUAUCGUGUUGGGAGGAGACCAGAAGAAUGUUUCUGCUCUUGUUGGUCAGGUACUUUUGGAUAAUGUCUUUAUGGUGGCACUUCACGUUAAUGAACAGCGGUUUUCAUUUCAUUGUCUAGAGUACUGGGGGAAUUGUUUAAACUUUGGUGUACAUUGCAUUAUGGAUCUUCACAUUCACCCUUUGAAUAAAGAGAUAAUGAUUUCUCUAUGGAACACGAUCUUGAUCUCGUGCAUUCUUGAUGAAGUUUGCUUUCAUAAUCAUUUGAAGGGUGAUUUACUGGAGGAAAGAAUCAUCUGAUUGUACAUUUGUACAUUGUCGCGAACAGCACUGAUUUCAUGCUUAAAGAAGGGAAUAACGAGGGAUUCGUGUUUUAGCUCUUCUUAUUUGCCUAAAGUUAUUUUCUUUUAGAAAUCUCGGAUACUUUUCCUUGCCUUUCAAUCAACCUUUCCUAUUUUGGGGGGGGCAUCAGCAGCCUAUCGUUGAGGCAUUUACUGAUCAGUAUCCAACUCCUGCAUUAUGUAUUUUGUUGGUGAUCUUGUGAUACCAGCCCUUUUUGGGGUGGAUUGGACGUCAAUCCACCACCAACAUGUCAAUAUGUAGUCCAAAAGGUUCUGUGAUUAAGAACAAAGUCCAUGAACCGAUGAUCUCUAGUGACAACAGGAGGACAGCCUUGACCCAUAGCUGAAAUGAUUAUUUGCCAUGGAAAUGGUAAUGGCUUGAUCUCUGUUUUACAUAGAACAAUUGUGACAUAAUAAUGAACAACUGGAUGAUUGGGAAUUUCAAUGUGGGAGCUAUAAAAGUAUACGAGGUUGUAUACUGUUUUGAUUGUUGAUAUCCUGUCACAUGUUGGCAGUCUUUUGUGAGUGUGUGUAUGUCUCUGCCCCACCAGUCUGUAUAACCGCAUUUUGCAGUAUCCUUGAACAUUUUUACGGAAGACUUCAACAAUCGCCCUACGCUUGUACCUCUUGAUGCCUCACCCUACGAGAGACAUAGUGAUCAGUCAUACAUUCCUGCCUUUAUCUCUUGAUGCCUGAUAUAUUCAAGAGGAAGUUUUUGCCAAAAGUGGAUCUCAACUCCAAUUUAUUUUCCCAGAAUCUUAAGGAAUUCUAAUUCGCUAAGUUAUAAUGAUUUCUCCUAGAAAUCGGAUUCUGUAGUAUAUUUAUCUAAGGAUAAGAAACAGAGAUCUGGGAAGAUUUCUGAAUGCCUUCUUUAGGAUUUUCUUAUGCAGUAUCUUAUGCAGGAUUUUCUUAUACAAUCAGACGUGAUUGUAUGCCUUCUUGAAAUGAACUUUGAAGAGUACUCAUUUUUAACCUUUUGAUGAUGAAUGACUUCAUGCUCCACGGUAAAAUUAUCUCAUGCAACUACGUUAAACUUCUUAUAGUGAUUUUUUUUAAAGUUGUCAUCAAAGAAGCCAUCAGGACUAGUCGUUCAAUGGACUCCGAAAUCUGUUGGGUGCUCCCAGACGCUGUGAACUCUGAAUGAACCGUUGGACUAAAAUUCAUUCUUCUGGGGAUGUUAAUCCUUGUUUAGUUGUCCUUUUAUAGUUCCUUUUAUUUAGGUCUAUUCUGGCCAGUGUAUACAUCGUUAACUGGAAAUUUUAAGGAGAUUACUUACUUUUUAGAACUUGAUACGUUGUUUAUUGGGAAAAAUAUAUACUAUGAUUUACUUCCUUGUCGCUUUUGCUUCUUUUGGAUCUUUGUUUUGUAUAUUAUGGUUUAUCUUUCUUUGUUUUCCCCAUCUUUCAUUACAAAAGGGUGACUUGUAGCACCUUCAGGACUUCUUCCUGCGCCAUAUAUAUCUCUAUUCUAUUUUACAGACCCUGCAUUUGCGCAGGUGUGGACACUUGAAAGACAUGGGACUAGUUGUGCAGAUGUUAUGGAUGCAAUUGCUAAUAUGUCGCUCUUAAAAAUGGAAUAAAUUUUUUGGCUAAAGUUUGAUUCCACUUUUUAAUUGUUAAGUUAUGUUUCUAAUCCUUCAUUCUCACUUUUCUUCAGUUAAAAAGUGAAAUCAUUUUUCUGCAGGCCUGUGUAGAAUUUAAUCGGGGGGAACUCAUAUAUGGAGAAGCUAGCCGCGUACAUUACCUAGAAUCAUUGAAUUUUUAUAAGGUUCAUCAAAUUUUCUUUCUUCUCCUUUUUACAUAUAGGUAUGUAUGUUGAAUUUUAACUCUUGAACGUGACAGUCUAGAUGACUUUUUGCUGUUUCUUGAUUGGUAGAGGGCAUUGCAAGCAUACCCCCAUUGUCCUGCUGUUGUAAGGUUUGGUAUUGGCCUCUGUCGUUACAAACUCGGACAGUUUGAAAAGGCUCGGCAAGCCUUUCAGCGAGUUUUGCAGGCAAGUAAAUGAUUUAAACAGUUUAUCUUUCACCUUCAAGGAAUCAUGUUGUCCACAUUUGUUAACAUUUCUGUCUUUUAUUAUUGAACAAUGUAGUUAGAUCCAGAAAAUGUUGAUGCUCUUGUGGCCAUUGGAAUCAUGGAAUUGCAUACAAGCGAAGGUGAGUUGCCAAUUUAAAUUGGGGACGAUCUUCUACAUGUAUUGGUGCAGACGUUGGAAACGGUUAACAAACGAAUGACUACUGAUUAUCAUUAGAUGUACGCGGUAUUUGGCAUUGUACUAUCCGGUAUGAGUCUUUGUUCCAUAUGUUGUGUCUCAAUCAACAAUUUUAAAGCAGUUUUCAUUUUUCUUUUGUAUUCAAAAGAAAGUUUAAGUUAAAAAAGGAACUGUGUUUUAUUGAGAGUAAAGGAGGAGGAUCCUCUUUCCAUGUGAUGUAAGUGGUAGGGUUUUCUUGUGUACAAUCUUGAUUGUCUCAAAUGAGAUGUAUGAUUUGGUGAAGAUUCACUUUUGACGAGAAUGUGGAUGGCUAUUCCCUGAUCACCUCAGUCUUGAGCCUUUGACCAAAAAAUCACGAUCUACACAAUUAAACACCAGGAUAUUAGACCUUCAGUGUUUUGUGGGUGUUUUCUUUUCUGGGAAGUUUCUUCUUCUUAACUUCUUAAUUUACUUGUUUCCAUAUUAAAUGACUGCAGCUGAUGGAAUUCGAAAAGGGAUGGAGAAGAUGAUGAAAGCUUUUGAGAUAUAUCCAUACUGUGGAAUGGCACUAAAUUAUCUGGCUAAUCACUUCUUUUUCACUGGGCAACAUUUUUUGGUGGAACAGUUAACCGAGACAGCUCUGGCUGUAUGCAAUCAUCGUUUAAUGAAGUCCCACUCAUAUUACAAUUUAGCAAGGUCUUACCACAGCAAGGUCAAGAAAAAGAUGCCUGUCUAUAUUGUCGUUGUUUAUUUGAUAGUUGUCAUCAUUCUACUUGGUUCUGUUCUUAUUUUGUUAAGGUAGGUUUUGCUCACUGAAGUAAAUUCGAGAUGCUAUCCUCUUACAGGGUGACUUUGAAAAGGCUGGACGGUACUACAUGGCUUCUGUCAAGGAAAUCGAGAAGCCUCAAGAAUUUGUCCUACCUUUUUAUGGUACAAAAUGUAUUUGGUUCUCCACCCCCCCCACCCCCGUCCCCCCCCCCCUCCCUCCCCCCUUUAUUGAAUACGAUUAGUCUACGGUGCACUCUCGUUGGGUCUGAUCAAUAGAAGCUGCAUUAGCAUACUAUUCAUGGUUAUGUGCCUAGAUACAUUAAUAUUUCAUGUCAUUAGGGAUGGACAGUGGUGUUUUCUUACUCACAUUACUGUAACUUGUUCAAUUGGGACAGUAUGAGCUUUCUCAAUGAAGAUAAUUGAUUUCAGACUUCCGAUGCUUGAAAAUUACACCUUGCGUUUGGUGAUGUUAAUCGGAAAAAGUCUCCUGAAGUUCUUGACAGAGUGUAAUCAGUAUGAAGUUGACAGAAAUUUGCUGAAAUAUUGGGGCUCGGUUGCUAGCAGCCAUAAUCUUGUGGUGUUAGUUACAAAUCUGUAUGGAAUUGUCAAAAUUUGAUGAUUUUUUAUUCAUAAAAAUAAUUAUCCUGAUUUUGCUGAUUUGGGCGAAUCUACUCUGGAUUGGAAUUGGAGCUGACACUAGAUGGUUCGAUAUCAAACAUUAUCUUGGGUUCCUUGGUAGAUCAUGUGAUUUGAUUAGGUUUAUCUCCAUUAUACUUCUCUUGAUGUGAGCGACCCGGUGCUUUAUAUGUUUUCGUUUGACAAGCUUGUCAUGAUUACGUACGAAGAUGAAUAUAGAAAUGAUGAGCACUGAUCUUAGAUGAGCAUCUACAUUCUAGUUAGGUCAAUGAAGCUUCUGGAUUUGUGAGGUGAUUUUUGAUUUGACGAGGAGUAGAUUGCACCUGUGGUUGGACUUUAAUGUAACAAUUAUAAUCAUUUGAGUGCUUAGCUCUUGGUGGAAAUAUUAUACCAAUUAUAAUCAAGUGCUUAGCUCUUGGUGAAAAGAUCUUAUGCCCUUUAGAGAGCACAGUUUUAUAUUGAUAUCUUAUGCUUGAUUGGUGGUGAAUGGUAUCUUAAACAAGUUCUACAUUUGUUUUUAGUUUUUUUAUGGAUAAUGCGCCACGUCCUGAAUAUUGAGAUACAUUUCUGUUGUUACUUAUUGAGCAUCGUUGUAGGUGAUAAGGAUCCUAUAUUCUUUGGUGAACAUUCUUCGGAAAUUAUUUUGCUAGGCGGACUUGCAUUAUUUAUUGCUAUAAAUGUUAUGCCCUCCAGCGACCAAUGAAUUCACAAGUCGUUGUCCCCUUCAUAUGAUGCCAUGUGUUGAUGUUAUGCUAAAGUAGAUUGCAGGAUGCGACCAAAUUGAUUGUACUGACAUGUACUUCAUUUUUUCAUGCCGCUUUUCAAUGCGGACUGACUUUUAGUUUUAUUUUAUCAAACCGCAUGUACGAAUGAACAGAAAACUUUGUACAUCAUACGUGUAUUAUAAUUUCCUUUAAUAAAAAGUUUCUUGUUNUUGAAAUGUAUUCACUUUUUGCUUUCUAUUUGGUGGGCUCCUUCAGGGCUUUAAUAUACAUCAUUGAUAAGUAUUCCUCCAUCAUUUAGACGUUUUUUUUUUCUUCUGACUUAUAUGUCUAAUCCUUCUAUCAUGCUAAAUAGGGCUUGGUCAAGUUCAAUUGAAACUGGGGGACUUCAGAAGUUCUCUAUCAAAUUUUGAAAAGGUCUUGGAGGUUUACCCUGAAAAUUGUGAAACCCUGAAGGCAAGUUUAAAGUAGUUCAUUUACUUUUGAGAAGAAACUGGUUGAUCAUUCAAUGUUUUUUGCUUUUUUUGGCGUCUUCCAUUUAAUUUAUAGUUUCUGUUUCUCCUAGGCUGUUGGCCACAUUUAUGUUCAGCUUGGUCAGCAUGAAAAGGCCUUGGAGACUCUUCGGAAGGCUUCAAGAAUUGACCCAAAGGAUGCUCAGGUCAGUUUGCCAUAAUCUUAUCAUUUUAUGUAUUUUUCUAUGAUGAUGAGAUUCUCAUAAAAUGAAACUAGAAUUCAUCACGAGUCCAAAGAUUAUAUAUUUCACUCCUAUACAAUUCUUUUCAUCAAUUGGAAAUAUGUUCCGUGAAUUUUCAUGGGAUGGCAAUGAGUUUGAUUAAUGAUGAUAUGAUGAUUUUCUAGGAAGGAACAUAGCAUGCCUAUAUAGAAUCUGCCUACAUUGAUUAAUUGGCAAUUUUUUGUAUUGCUUAAACUCUGUAAUACGAAAAAGUAGCGUUAAAAGUUUCCUUACAUUUCCGUCAUAGAAGAGUUCAUCAGGAGAUUAUUUUACUAUUUCUUGUUGUCAAACUUCUGUAUAUUCAUAGUACCACGUCUCUUGGCUGGUUUGUGCUGUAUGCAAAAGUAUUUUAUUCUCUUUCUUUUUUCUAGAUAAUGGAGGAUCUGCAUCCUUCUGCAUUAGGGAGCAAGAUGACUAAACGGAGAAGUGUUCUUAUUCCAUAUCAACGUUUGCAGACUUAUCAACAUGCAAUAUGAUUCAUGAAUAGAGAAGUUGCAGGAAACAAAGUGAAAUUCAUUUGCACAUGUUAUAAAUUUACUUAUGUUUGAACACUUUAUCAUCGAUUAAUCAAAUUAACUUUAAAAAUUCGUUCUGCUUCCAUUACAAGGUACACAAUCAUAUAUCUUAUUUUCCUGGGAAACUGAUAUUGUUGUCAUUUCAUUCAUUAUCAAUGAAACAUUUGAUAUAAAGGAAGGGUUCCAUUAUAAGAUCUGACAACUUAACGAUGGCUUUUCGAUAUUCAAUUGCCAAAUUUUCUUCAUAUUAUUGAAAGGCGAACAAGAACCUCUGACAUUGUUUCAUCUGAUGUUUGAUACAGGCUUUUCUGGAGGUUGGUGAAUUGUUAAUGUCAACAGAUGCAGGAGCUUCGCUCGAAUCUCUCAAAACUGUAUGCUCUUUUCACCUUUUUCUAUUUUUUUGGUCUAUGACAAUAGUGAGCCUAAUAUGGUUAGUCCGAUUCAAUCAUCAUUUGGCUGACUCGGCCGAUUAUCACUUAGUGAUUCAGAAAUUCUGAAACGAGAUCCAAGUAAGCACAGCGAGAACCAUUGUUAUAUCUAACCAUAUGAAGAUUUCGUGUUUCCUGGAAGGAAAAGUAUAAAAUAUUCCCAUAAUUCAGAGCAGAAAUGCUGAAGUACUCAUCCCCAAUAAAUAAAACUAACAUCUUCACGAAAUCUCUUUGUUUCAUAUCGUUCAAGACGUGGUUAUCCAUAAUUUAAAUAAAGCUUCAAUUUAAGUCUAGACAUCACAGCAAGGAAUUGGAAACUAAUGGUUUAGACAGAAAGUUGUUCAGGUAUUAGCGAACCAUUUAGGAGAAUAAGGAGACAUGAGGAAAAGGAAUCAGCUAGUUAGUGGACUGGUGAAACACUUUGUCGUUAAGCUUCAAAAGAAUUCCCCUACUUGGAAGUAAUGAAUAGAGGAAAUAAGUGUUUGUGAUGAACUUUCAGCUUCGUUGCUGCGUAGUUGACUAUAUAAGGAACAUUUGACUUCUCAGUUUCAAUGGAAUUUUGGAAUGUCAGGUUCACUCAUCCAUAUAUAUACUUGUUCUUGUGGCAGACAAAUGUUUAUGUAUGAAUUCUUUAUUUGCUGUUUGAUAACCUAUUCACUCUUUCUUGUAUGGCUUCAUUUGUUUACUGAGUACUAAUAUUUUUUUUCUGUCGUCUGAUGAAGUUGUUACUGAACUUGCUCCAUCUCACAGGCUCAGAAUCUUCUUAAAAGAAAACAUGAAGAAGUGCCCAUAGAAUUGCUUAACGACAUUGGAGUCCUUUACUUUGAAAGGGGAGACUUUGAGGUUCGUGACGGAAAGCAUAAUAGAUCUACUUCUACUUGCUUUCAUUUAAACUACGAAAGAUUGUGGAUAUUGUUUGAGAACUAAUUUUUCAAGUGAAGCAUCUGAAAUUCUAUAUCUGAUUUCACAUUCAAACCCCUUUAUACGUUUUUUUUGCUGUUUGUGACCAACGCAAUGUUGUUUCCUUGAUCUCGUUAUCCAAGUAUUUCUUAUCGACCUUUCCCUCAUCUAGUUGGCAGACCAAACUUUCAAGGAGGCAUUGGGUAAAGGUGUUUGGCAACUUGUCAUGGAUGGGAAAGUAGGGAGCUCUAGUAUGGAUCUGGGUGCAUUCAUUGUGCAGUACAGAGACAUGAAACUAUUUCACCAACUUGAGAAGGAUGGCAUUUCUCUGGAUCUUCCGUGGGAUAAAGUAACUACGUUAUUUAACUAUGCAAGAUUACUCGAGGAAUUGCAUCAUGCUGAAAAAGCAAGUAUUAUGUACCGACUUAUUUUGUUUAAGGUAAUAUUCCUUUUUUCUCUGAAUUUGAAUUCUAAGAGUACCUUUAUGGUCCGGUAUCGUGAACCAUGUUGCCUGUCUUAUCUUGGUUUGUUACCUUUGCCAUGGACUCAUUGUGUACUCAUUAGCUUAUGUUCUACACUGUUGUUCAAGCCUGACGAUUACAUUUUCUGCCAUGAGCUUUUUUGUAUACAUAUAAUCCAUGUGCUUGAAAUCCAAUCUGUUGAGAAAUUUUAUUUGUUCUCAUUCUUUGGUUAACGUUGUUUUGAUCGAGACCUGAUGUCGCAAGCCUUUUGGAGCUGCCUAGAAAGCCAAGAUGUCUCCCUCUUGCACUCAGAAGAACAAUCAUUGACUUAUUUUCAUCAGAGCUUUCAUUGUGUAGUCACUUUUGGGGGGGUGUAAUGAUGAUUCACUACAGAACCGUUCCAUGCACAGAAGUGAUAGAUAAGAAUUUUAUUAGGCCCAUCCUGGAGGAAGAAGUGAUCCUUGUCUUCUUAAAAUCGGAAAUUUUGGAGCUGAAUGUUUUCACGCAUUAGCAUAUGGUAUGCAGUAAAACAUCAGUUGGUUCCAAUAUCAAUAGACUAUUUUGGUACAACAGACUGUCCUAUCCGAUUUUAAGUGGGAAAAUCUGAUAUCUCUUGAAAUUAAUAAAGGAAAAAACAAACCAAACGUCAGCUGAUUCCUGGAACUUGCACUCCACACUUUCUUGUGAAGAACAGAAGAAGGGAAGAAUAACACUUUCUCCCAAUGACCACCACAUGACGCUACCUGUCAAAGCCGCUUGCCAGAGACAUACGCCCAAUUACAGACCAAUCCCUUCAACCUACAGCUGUCAGCUGCUCUAUGCUCUUCUUAAAAAUGGAAAGUUUUAUGUAUUCCUCUUUGGAAAUGAUGAACAUGUAAACUUCCUUUGGGAAUUGACUAAGUUGCGAAACCACUUUUUAUUAUCCAUUGUUUGAAAGCUGGACUGUGAAUUGUGCUAUAUUUUGAAUUAGAAUCCACUAUUUAAUGAAUUAGAAUCGUCCUAUCAAUCGGAAGUUACUUAUGAAUGGCUGCUUACAAGCAUGAGAGUUGGCUUACUGUUUGUCCCAGUGCUUCCAUUUCCAGAUCUGCGAAUCACGGAAAAACAUUUCUUUAUUGAGUUUGACGUUUGUCAUGUAGCUUCCAACCUGCUAUUUUGCUACCCUUCUGAUAAGGAGUUUUACAACCAAGUUGAGACGAAUUCCUAUGUACUUUUCUCAGCUAUGCAUCUUAUAUUCACAAGUUGAGAGAAAGAGCGACCUCACAAGAAUCAAUCACUCAUAGCUUCCUUUCGCUUCUAGUUCUUUAAUACCUUAGACAUGAGCAGAAAAAUGUUACGAAGUUGACCGGUUAGCCUGUAAUUGUUGUAUUUUAUGCUUUCAAUUUCUUUGUUAUUACCUUUUGGUAGCAGAUUCAUAAAAGUAUUUUAUUUUGUAAACUUUCUUAUGCCUCAUUGUCAGUACCCAGACUACUUGGAUGCCUAUCUCAGGCUUGCAGCUCUGUCAAAAGCACGAAACGAUAUUCAGCAGAGCUUCGAUUUGGUAACUCAUGUUCUACGUAUGUAUUUUAUUGACCGUGGCGGAUUAUGCUGUGUAAAAGUAAUUUGCUUUAUACGGUGACAGAUAGCAGACGCCCUUAAGGUGAAUGAUAAGUGUCCAAAUACACUUUCCUUGCUUGGUAAUUUGGAACUGAAAAGUGAUGACUGGGUUAAAGCAAAAGAUACAUUUCGUGCUGCAAAGGAUGCAACUGACGGAAAAGACUCGUACACUACUCUUUUGUUGGUGUGUAUCUUUCACAUUUUUAGUGCGAGAUAUUAAUUUUCGGUCACCCCACUUCAUUUUUAAAAUCAGAACAUCUCACUUGGUCUUUAUGUUGAAACUCAUAGGGGAACUGGAACUACUUUGCAGCAUUACGUUCUGAAAAGAGAGGCCCAAAACUAGAGGCCACGCAUCUUGAAAAAGCGAAGGAACUCUUCACCAAAGUAUGACCUUUUGUUUCCAUUUUUCAGACUACUUGGAGAACAUUCUAUUUAUUGUCAUAUUUUCUACACUUGAUCUGCUAAGGUCAUCUCACGCGUUAUUUUACAAUUCUGAACUUCUCUAAAAAUAAUUAACUUGUGCUCUCAUGUUAACAAUUCAUUUUUUCUUAUUCUCAACAAUGUUAUUUCAUUGCAACCUAUUUGAGCACGGUUGCUAGUUCAAUCAGAGAUUUUUGGUUGCCAGACAAUGUCCGCUUUUCAGCAUAAGCUUACACACUCGACGAGUUAUCUGCUUGUCCAUCUCGAAUUUUUACGAAGAUGCCAAUAAUGACAAUAUUUGCCCAAAAAUAUUUUUAGAAUAUACUUUUUGGCAAUUAAUUACUAUCUCGGACGCUAUCCAUGGUUUACUUCUUCGUUGGGUUCUCAAUUUUUCUGAAUUUAGAUUUAUUUACAAUAGAGCUGAAAAUUUGUUCAUGUUCUAUAGGUUUUAGUUUUGCGUCCAGGAAACCUGUAUGCAGCCAAUGGUGCUGGAAUCAUCUUGGCUGAGAAAGGUCAUUUUGAUGUUUCGAAAGACAUAUUUACUCAGGUUUGCUUUAGUGAUUUCAAUUGGUUACUUUAUUACUGGUGUGUUGCAGCUCAUUUUAAUGAUGCUAAUAUUCAAAUUAAGGUUCAAGAAGCUGCAUCAGGAAGCAUUUUUGUGCAGAUACCGGAUGUUUGGAUAAAUUUGGCUCAUGUCUACUUUGCCCAGGGCCAUUUUGCAUUGGCUGUGAAAAUGGUAAGUUUCUUACUUAUAUACUUUUGAAUCAAAUUUUUAUGAUUAUAAACAAUUCAUGGUGUGCUAUUUUGCCUCUGUAGUAUCAAAAUUGCUUGAGGAAGUAUUAUUACAAUACUGAUACUCAGGUUCUUCUAUACCUCGCUCGCACUCAUUAUGAAGCUGAGCAAUGGCAAGACUGCAAGAAAACUUUGCUGAGAGCCAUUCACUUGGCACCUUCAAAUUAUACACUCCGGUUUGAUGCUGGAGUUGCGAUGCAAAAGUUCUCAGCAUCCACUCUACAGAAGGCGAAGAGAUCUGCUGAUGAGGUUAGUUUGGAACCAUGCCAUUUGAGCCUGUCUCCGUUGCUUGAGAAAAUGAGUCUGAUCUUAUUUAUUGCGUUGGAAUAUAACCAAGCACUUUCUGAUGUAGUUCUGUUGAACAUCCUCCUAUUGAAAUCAAAUAUUUGUUUAAGUUGGUAUCUGUUAAUGCAGGGUACUUGUCACCCGUGAAAACUAUAACGUUAGUCCAGAACUUUUUCUUGGCUAUUUCGUGAAGUGAAAUGAAAAUGUCGCCCCAAUAAGUAGUCUUAAAAAACUUGUGAGCAUCUGAAGAGGUACUAGGAAUGUCAAUUUGGAAACAUCGAGUUCGUCAGCUGUAUUUAUUAAGAUUGCAUAUCUAUCACACUCUUGGUUAUAAAGAAUGACGAUGCUGCUGUUAAGAUUCUAUCUCCCCCUUACUUUUUCAUUUGCUACGUAUAAUCUUUUAUUUUAUCUUCUGUGUAUUGAAUCAUGGUGUGAUCUUGCAGAUACGCUCAACGGUUGCAGAACUGAAAAACGCUGUUCGCGUGUUUAGCCAUUUGUCUGCAGCAAGCAGCUACCACUCUCAUGGUUUUGAUGAAAAAAAAAUCGAGACCCACGUUGAAUAUUGCAAGCAUUUGCUUGACGCUGCUAAAGUGCACUGCGAGGUGGCCGAACGUGAAGAACAGCAAACGCGUCAGAGGUUAGAAGCUGCUCGACAGGCUACGUUAGCAGAGGAAGCUCGACGAAAGGCUGAGGAGCAGAAAAAAUUUCAGGCGAGUGUUUUGCACUGUACAGUGCUAACUCUUCCAUUGUCAUUGCCAUCUUUGAGACCUUGAACUUUCUGCUCAGUUAAGACUGCUGAUGUGACUUCUGAACAUGAGUAACAGCUAGAGAGAAGGAAACAGGAGGACGAGCUGAAGAAGGUGAUGGAACAGGAGGAGCAUUUUGAACGUGUGAAGGUCAGGCCAUAUCCUUGACAUCGGAUCAAAUCUUCCUCGCGUUGAGAUUAUCAUUCAUGCGCUGUGACAUUCAUUUUUAAUUUUAAUUUUAAUUUUUUUGAUUUGAAUGAAUGACUCUUCUGUCGAGAUUAUCUUGGAAGAUUGCCGUGUGUUGACAUUUUUUUCUUUGCUAUUUCUCUCAGGAGCAAUGGAAGACCACUGGUAGCACCCCUGCCAGCAAGCGGAAAGACAGAUCUGUGCUUGAGGAUGAAGAGGGUGGAAAUGGAGACCGGAAGAGGAGGAGGGGAGGGAAAAGGAAGAGGAAGGAAAAGAGGCAGAAGAAGCGCUACGAAGACGAGGAGGAUGACAUGGAGGACGAGCAUGAAGAAGUGGAUGCUCGUGAGAACAGGGGAAGGGAAAAUGCUCAAGACCAUCUCCUUGCUGCCGGCCUCGAAGACUCAGACGCUGAAGAUGACAUGGUGAUAUUUUUUCUCUUUUCCCUAAAAAAACUCGGUGCUUUUUUUCCCAAAAUUUCUUCUUUGGAUUUUUUUUUUAAUUAGCAUCCUUCUAGUCCAUGCUUUUCGUUGUAUGACCAAUUAUUAUCCGGGUAACGCAGGCGGAAACUAUAUCAUCAAUAAGCCGGCGUAGGCGAGCGUGGUCGGAAUCAGAAGAUGAUCAGCCGUCGGGGCGGCGUCCAGCGGCCAGUCCAGCAGACGAGAGAGAGAACUCCGCCGGGCUGGACGACAGCGAUGCUGAGAUUGAUGACGAGCCAAAGAGCAAUAGGAGGAGGAGAUCUGGUGGGAACGUGUUUGACGAUGAUGAAGAAGAUUAA